GCAGCCGCGGCCAGACCUCGCCACUUCAGACCCACCGGGCUGUGCUCCCCCGCGCCCUCCUCGCUGCCCAGGCCCGGAGCUCGGCGCAGCGGCGCAGGUAGGAGCCGGGGACUGUGGUUGUCCCCGCGCGCCCUGGAGUAACUUGGGGUGACCUGAGGUGGCCAAAACACCCGCGAAGUGUCCCUCACUGUGCAGGACUGGGAGCGGAGGUAAUUUUGCUGAGCUGUGCCAGGAACUUCACUAGCUAGAGUUCACGAUGUUAAAAGCCCUUUUCCUAAUGAUGCUGGCUCUGGUGCUGGUCAAGUCCCAGGACACGGAAGAAACCAUCACGUACACGCAAUGCACUGAUGGAUAUGAAUGGGACCCUGUAAGACAGCAGUGCAAAGAUAUUGAUGAAUGUGACAUUGUCCCGGAUGCUUGCAAAGGUGGAAUGAAAUGUGUCAAUCACUAUGGAGGAUACCUUUGCCUUCCUAAAACAGCCCAGAUUAUUGUCAAUAAUGAACAGCCACAGCUAGAAACAUCAGCAGCUGAGUCAUCCUCUGGGACCACCACUGGGAGUGUAGCUGCCAGUAGCGUGGCAGCCAGUGGUGUCCUGCCUGGGGGUGGUUUCAUAGCCAGCGCUGCUGCAGUGGCAGGCCCUGAAGUACAGACUGGUCGAAAUAAUUUUGUCUUCAGAAGGAACCCAGCUGACCCUCAGCGCAUUCCUUCCAACCCUUCCCAUCGGAUCCAGUGUGCAGCAGGCUACGAGCAGAGCGAGCAUAAUGUGUGCCAAGACAUCGAUGAAUGCACUUCAGGGACUCACAACUGUAGAGCAGACCAAGUGUGCAUCAAUUUGCGGGGAUCCUUCACCUGUCAGUGUCUUCCAGGGUACCAGAAGCGAGGCGAGCAGUGUGUAGACAUAGAUGAGUGCACUGUGCCUCCAUAUUGCCACCAAAGAUGCGUGAACACACCAGGCUCCUUUUACUGCCAGUGCAGCCCUGGGUUCCAGUUGGCAGCAAACAACUACACCUGUGUAGAUAUAAAUGAAUGUGAUGCCAGCAACCAGUGUGCUCAGCAAUGCUACAAUAUUCUUGGCUCUUUCAUCUGUCAAUGUAACCAAGGAUAUGAGCUGAGCAGCGACAGGCUCAACUGUGAAGACAUUGAUGAAUGCAGAACUUCCAGCUACCUGUGUCAGUAUCAGUGUGUCAAUGAACCUGGGAAGUUCUCCUGUAUGUGCCCACAGGGAUACCAACUGGUGAGAAGUAGAACGUGUCAGGAUAUAAAUGAGUGUGAGACAACCAAUGAAUGCCGAGAAGAUGAGAUGUGUUGGAAUUAUCAUGGCGGCUUCCGUUGCUACCCACGAAAUCCUUGUCAAGAUCCCUAUAUUCUAACAUCUGAGAACCGAUGUGUUUGUCCAGGCUCAAAUGCUAUGUGCCGAGAACUGCCCCAGUCCAUAGUCUACAAAUACAUGAGCAUCCGGUCUGACAGGUCUGUGCCUUCUGACAUCUUCCAGAUUCAGGCCACAACCAUUUAUGCCAACACCAUUAACACUUUUCGGAUUAAAUCUGGAAAUGAAAACGGAGAGUUCUACCUACGACAAACAAGUCCUGUAAGUGCAAUGCUUGUGCUUGUGAAGUCGCUAUCGGGGCCAAGAGAAUAUAUCGUGGACCUGGAGAUGCUGACAGUCAACAGCAUAGGGACCUUCCGCACAAGCUCAGUGUUGAGAUUGACAAUAAUAGUGGGCCCAUUUUCAUUUUAGCUUUUAAUAAGAGUCUACCAUGGGCAUUUAAAUCAGCCAAAGAAUCUUGUUACCUUAAAGCACUAUUUUAUUUAUAGAUAUUCUAGUACAUCUACAUAUAUUCUAUACACUCACCAUAAUUCAAACAAUUACACUAUGGUAUAAAGUGGGCAUUUAGUCUGUAAAGAUUCAAAGUUUAUCUUUAUUACUGUGUGCAAAUUAGACAUUAACCUAUCACAGUCUUCUUCAAGAGAUAUAAGCCAUAUAUAUAUAUGUAAAGUCCAGUGAAACUUGGAUUCUUUCUUGUAAAAAUGGGACCAAGCAAUUCUGCUCUUCUGCAGUGAUAGGGACACAUCCAGCCACACUGCCAUUUUGUAAGGAGGGAGUCAUCUUAACAUUGAGUAUAGCAUGCAAGGACAACUAUGAGGUUUUUAACUGCUUUGUAAGAAAAUGGAAAAUGUCAAUAAAUAUAUAUAUAUAUAUUUCUUUAGAAAA